CCACCAUGUCCUCUACACCUCUGCCCAUCGCGGUCGACCCGGUCGCGUUGGUGAUAACGGAAUGCAUCACCGUCACCUCGGCCAUGCGAAAGCAUGCCCGCUGGGCUCAUUCGUCCGUCUCCGCCAUCCUGGGAGGCGGCGCGGUCUCCAGAGUCUACGACCGUGAUACCUCUGCUCCUCCAAGCCCCCGGAAUGGGGCCACGCCGCCCCGUCCGAGGUCGAGACUGUCCUCCGCCGAUGAGGACCAUGCCCUGGCGAAUCGCUGGGGCUUGCGAGGCAAGAAGGGCAAGAGUAUGCAAGAUAACCCCCUGAUUUCGGCCUUCACCCGGCUGCGGAGCGAUCUGAAGGGCUGCAGAGAUAUCCGAACCUUCGAUGCCCCGGCCUUGCUCCAUCCGUUCCUCCAGGUCAUUCGCUCCUCGUCUACCUCCGCCGCGAUCACCUCCCUAGCCUUGGUGGCCCUGACCAAGUUCUUCGCCUACAACAUCGUCAGUCGCGACUCCCCGCGACUCCCCAUGGCCAUGCAGCUCCUCUCCGCCGCGAUUACCCAUUGCCGCUUCGAAGCCAGCGACUCCGCCGCCGACGAAAUCGUUUUGUUGCGCAUCUUAAAAUUGAUGGAAGGGAUGCUGUCUCGCCCCGAAGGCGAGCUCCUGGGAGACGAGAGUGUCUGUGAAAUGAUGGAAACCGGGUUAAGCAUGUGCUGUCAGGUCCGCCUCUCGGAGGUUCUGCGGAGGUCUGCGGAGAUGGCCAUGGUCAACAUGUGUCAGGUGAUCUUCAUGCGACUGUCGCACCUGGAUGCCUCGCAGGUCGAUGAGCCGGGGUUUGAGAUCCGAACUCGCCCCGAGGUCGAACAAACAAACUUGAAGAUGGAUCCUUCCGUCGACGGAAAUACCGUGACCUCACAACACCCGUCCGCCAUGGGCUCAGAUACCGGUGUAGCGGAUCGGGACCGUGGCAGUCGAGAUGGAUCUCCCGAGCAAACGCUGAAUGGAGGCGCUGUCGCCGCGCCUCCGAAUCCCCAAGAUGAUACGGGGGACGAAGUGAAGCCCUACUCCAUACCGUCCAUUCGGGAGCUAUUCCGGGUGCUGAUUGACCUCCUGGACCCCCACAACGGACAGCACACAGAACCCAUGAAGGUGAUGGCGCUGAGGAUCAUCGAUGUGGCCCUGGAGGUGGCGGGUCCUUCCAUCGCCAAACACCCCAGUCUGGCUUCAUUGGCGCAGGACGAUCUCUGCCGCCAUCUCUUCCAGCUGGUUCGAUCGGAGAAUAUAGCGAUCCUGACGGGCUCUCUUAGGGUCGCUGGUACUCUGCUCCUGACCUGUCGCCCUGCCCUGAAGCUACAGCAGGAGCUCUAUCUGUCGUACCUAGUCGCCUGCCUCCACCCCAAGGUAGAAAUUCCGAGGGAGCCAGGUAUCAACCCGGCUCUUUACGAUGGAGUACCGCAGGUGCCGAAGCUGGUGAAGCCUUCGCCGUCGCAAUCUAGUAGUGGGAGAUCCACCCCGAUUCCAGUGAAGGAUAGGCAAAAGCUCGGACUGGAAGGGGGCUCAAGGAAGCCGGAAACCCGGGAAGCCAUGGUGGAGAGUAUCGGCGUGCUGGCGCGCAUCCCGAGCUUUAUGGUGGAGCUUUUCAUCAACUACGACUGCGACGUCGAUCGAGCGGACCUGUGCGAGGACUUGAUCGGCUUGCUUUCCCGCAGUGCUUUCCCCGACUCGGCUACUUGGAGCACAACCAAUGUGCCUCCAUUAUGCUUGGAUGCUCUUCUGGGUUUUGUCCAAUUCAUAUAUGAUCGGCUGGAUGAUGAGCCUGUGCAUGAUGACUUCCCUUCAAUCGAACAGCUCAGGAGCCAGCGCCGGAGAAAGAAAAUCAUCAUCCAUGCGGCCCAGAAAUUCAACGAGGAUCCCAAAUCAGGAGUUGCCUACCUUGCCUCCCAUGGCAUUAUCGAGAACCCGGACGAUCCUGCUCUGGUAGCUCGGUUCUUGAAGGGAACGACGCGGUUGUCAAAGAAGGUUUUGGGCGAAUUCCUGUCCAAACGCUCCAAUGAACGACUUCUCGAUGCAUUCGUUGAACUUUUCGAUUUCGCGGGCAAGAAUAUCGUCGAUGCCCUCCGAGACUUGCUCGGCGCAUUCCGCCUGCCGGGUGAAUCCCCUCUGAUCGAGCGGAUUGUCACGACAUUCACCGAAAAGUACAUGCAGCAGGCCCAACCCACUAACAUUGCGGACAAGGACGCUGUCUUUGUACUGACAUACGCCAUUAUCAUGCUUAACACGGAGCUUUAUAACCCGAACAUCAAAUCCCAGAAUCGCAUGUCAUGCACCGCGUUUUCAAGGAAUCUGCGAGGUGUAAACGCAGGACAGGACUUUGCUCCCGAGUUCUUGCAGGAGAUUUAUGAUUCGAUCAAGCGCAACGAGAUUAUCUUGCCAGAUGAGCAUGACAACCAGCAUGCAUUCGACUUUGCUUGGCGAGAAUUGCUGUUGAAGUCCUCAUCGGCCGGGGAGCUGGUGGUUGGUGAAACCAAUAUCUACGAUGCGGAGAUGUUUGCGGCGACCUGGAAACCCGUUGUUGCGACUCUGUCAUAUGUGUUCAUGUCAGCUUCCGAUGAUGCGGUAUACUCUCGAGUGGUAACAGGAUUUGAUCAGUGUGCCCAAAUUGCUGCCCGUGCCGGUUUGACGGAAGCCUUUGACCGCAUUGUCUUCUGUCUGGCCUCGAUCAGCACCCUUGCAACACCGAAGCCCCCCAGCACUGCUCUCAACACGGAGUUGCAAGCCGAUAAGAAGAGCGUGAUGGUGAGCGAACUGGCCGUGAAAUUCGGACGCGACUUCAGGGCCCAACUGGCGGCGGUGGUCCUCUUCCGCGUGCUGGCCAAUAAUGAAGCUGCGAUUCAGCAGAGCUGGACGCACGUUAUUCGAAUCCUCAGCAACUUGUUCAUUAACUCUCUCAUCCCUCCGCCUAAUUCUGAGCUGAGCGCUGAGCUCGAUGUUUCCCCUAUCCCGCUCCAGACCCCGUCGCAGGUCGUAGACCGUGAUGGACGAGGCGCAGAAACCGGACUGCUCUCCGCAUUCACCUCAUAUCUCUCCAGCUAUGCAGCCGAUGAGCCUCCAGAGCCAUCGGAUGAGGAGUUGGACAACACACUGUGUACCGUGGACUGUAUCACGGCGUGUUCCACUGACGAUGUCCUGGCUAAUAUGAAAUCUCUUCCGUUGAAGUCGGUGGCUAUGGUCGUUGAGGCGUUAUUGGCUCAGAUGCCCGAAGAAAAUGCUCCGGCGGUUAUCGUUGUCAAAACCGAGCGGCCAUCAACCGGUUCAAGGAUGUCUGGCGGCAGGGCCGAUGCUAAUAAAUCCAAUUACGACCCCGGAAUGCUGUAUCUCUUGGAAAUGGCCACCAUUCUGACGCUUCGUGAUGCGGAAACCCUGGAGACUCUCGGUGAGAGACUCCUGACCACCCUGCAAGCAUUCAUUCGGGAUGCGAGAAACAUCCACUCCUUGGCACUGUCACGGAUCAUCCACUAUCUGCUUAACCUAUUGCGGUUGAGUCAUGACCAGCCUUACAUGCGGGUACCUGUGGUUCUUCAUGGCAUUUCUGGCUUCGAUCAGGAUAUCUUGGAGAACGUUGCCAUUCCGGUAGUCAAAAGCCUAUCGCGAUGCGUCUCUGGCCCUGCGCCGUUGCGUAACGAGAUCACUGUUUCUCCUGACUUCUGGUCUAUCUUGCAGAGACUGCACCAGCACAAGGAAGCUGCUCCGCUGGUGUUUGACCUGCUCCAAACCAUUGUGGAGUCUGCCCCUCCUAUAAUUACUGCGGAUAACUACGAAUCUGCUGUUAGCCUUGCAAACGAUUUCAUCAGCGCCGGUAGUGUGGGCCACAUCGAUGAACGGCAGAGAGAUGCACACGGGCGACGCGUCCGGGGUGCCAAACAGUCGAAGUCAAGCAGUGAAAACGAGGUGGUUUCACGUGGCGUGAAAGCCAUUGGUUUCAUCCUCUACCUAACCCGACGUGUCCCUGCCCUUAUCAAGCAAUCUCACCUCGAGGAAAGCGAAGCCUGGUCCGCGUACUGGUCCCCUAUCUUCCAAUGCUUGACUGGGCAAUGCAUCAACCCCUGCCGAGACAUCCGUCACCAGGCAAUUUCGGCACUGCAACGCACACUUCUGUCCCUCGAGAUCAGCUCCACAGACGACCAGGAGUGGUCGGCCAUUUUCGACCAGGUCCUCUUCCCUCUCAUCCUCCGGCUGCUGAAGCCCGAGGUCUACCACUCCGACCCCGUGGGAAUGGGCGAGACCCGAGUGCAGGUUGCCAUCCUGGUCUGCAAGAUCUUCCUGCGCUAUCUCGACCAGCUUCCGAACCGCGAAGGAUUGCUCGAUCUGUGGCUCAAGAUUCUCGAUAUCCUCGACCGGAUGAUGAACAGCGGCCAAGGAGACAGUCUGGAAGAAGCCAUCCCCGAAAGUCUCAAAAACAUCCUCCUCGUCAUGGCCGAUGGAGGCUACCUGGUCCCGCCCUCUCAAGACCCGAGCAAGGAACAAACCUGGACGGAAACCAAGAAACGCCUCGAUAGAUUCCUCCCCGACCUCUUCAACGAGAUCUUCCCGGACGUUCCUGCCGUCCCGGACGAGAAAUUCGCCCCCGCAUCCCCUGAUUCCUCCUCCGUCCCUGCUACCGAACCCACAGGCGAGGCCAGCGCGGAGCCUCAACCAGCCACGUCCGAAGAACAUCCCACCCCCGCUGAACCCGAGCCAACAGCCGAAGCUGAACCCGCACCCGCGGCUGAAGACAACGCCAGCAAUCCCUAAACAUCCACCCAUCCACCCAUCCAUCCAUCUCACAGGAAGGAAAGAAAGACACCGCUUCCAUAUCUUCCUUUCCAUCUUCGUCUCCGAUGACUUGAUUUAUCUUACCUUAUUUUACUUUAUCUUAUUUCCCCUCAAGCAUUUAUAGCGUGGGUAGUUUGCUUGCUGUAUUGCCUCCCUUCCCUUUCUCUCUGCUUCCCACUUCUGCUUCUGAUUCUUCUGCCUGUGUGCUCUAAAUACCUGUAUUGUAUUUGUAAAUAUUUCCAUCGAUGCACGCUGUUUCAUCAUCAUCAUCUUCUUCUUCUUCUUCUUCUUCUUCUUCUUCUUUUUUCUUAUUAUUCUAUUAUCCUAGAGGGCGGGCAUACCAUCCAUCCAUACUAUCUAUACCUAUCAAGACCGAGAUCAAGAUCAAG